CAUGUACAUAACACAUGUUAAUUCUUUUUACUUAAGUUAUGUGGUUCUGAUAAAGAGAAAAGGUAUCAACUAUAUAGAUUAGAGACCAGUAAAAGUUAUUCACAGUACCUUCUUUUUCAUUUAUAUGUACUUUCUGUUAGCAGAGAUAGUUUAGAGGUAUGUUUGGUUGUUAAGUAGGGGUCUCCAACAUUUUAUCCAUUGAUAAUUACCCCAUUUUGUAAAAAUCUAGGUGUAGGUAAGAACAACAUAAGUUUCUUUAUCAUCAGGUAAACUUUUCUAGUCUUGAAGGAAACUUACAUUAGAAGAUCAAUCAUGCUUGCUAUAAAACAGCUGCCCACCUUUUAUCUCAUGGACAGUAUACAAACUAAUAAGCUGUACUCAAAAAUUAAAGAUGGUCACUUAAUACUAAAAAUGUCUUUCAUAGCGUUGGCGGCAUUUACUCUUUAGUACACUUCCAAUGUUAUGGAUGAGGGUCAGAAGACUUAGGUCAGCAAGUUAGUCUUGACAUGUCUUCCAAUACAAAUACAGAUAUGUACAGGGAGCAUGCCAUGUGAAAACUGAAGUUAUACUGCCAGUUGCCAAGAAUACCAAGAUUACUGACAAACUCUAGAAACUUGAGUGGCACAGAAUAGAUGUCCUCAGAACUCUCAGGAGGAAACAACCUGUUCAGCACCUUACUAUUGAAUUCUAAUCUCCAGAACUGUAAUACAGUAAUUCUGAUUAAGCCAUCUAAUUUGUGGUAUUUUGUUACUGCCUCCCUAUCAAACUAAUACACUGUGAAAACAAUAUGGGCUUUGACAUCUACGUGUUAUUCUGUUUUCCUGCACACUAUCUUUUUGACUUUUGACAAAUCAUUUCGGCAUCCUUGUACUUAACUAAAAUUCACUUUGGAAUAGUGACUUCAAUUUUAUAGUUCUGGAGAUUAAACAAGCUUCAAAAUGUAUAAAUUGAUGGCCCUCAAAACUUGAUUCCUUCUGUUUUUUUUUUGAUACAAUGCACUCAAUUAUUUUAAGUGGCUUUUGUGGAAUCCUAAAUAUGUCAAAUAAAAAUUACUUCUAUCUACAAUAUCUUAAAGGUCACUGAAACUGUGGGUGCUAUAUUGCAAAUAUAAAAUCGUAUAGUAAAAUGUUAGUUAAGUAUGAUAUUGUGGUUUACAAAGCUUUCUGCUACUAUCCCCAGCAGAAUGUAUUGUGCAGCAUUUUUUGCUAAAUAAAAUUGUUACUUGAAUGUUACAGCCUCCAAGUUUGAAGAAAAUUAUUUACUUAAGGAGUCAAACAUAAUUUCCUUACUUCAGCUUACAGAAUUGGUUCAAGUCAUAAGCGUUCUACAAAAUUACUUAAUGUGGAAUUAACUUCAAGUCUUAUGUACAUUUUUAAAGUUAUCUGAAUCACCAACUGUUCCAUUUUUUCUUGUGCAACAAACAUAUUACUGCUUGUUAAAUCAGAAUCUUUAGUUUGAUUUUUAAAGGAAAGAGCAAAAAUGUUGACCCACAUAGAACAAAAAUGGUUUCAUGUUCUUGAUUUACUCUAGGUGAGCUUUCAAGGCGCAGCUGUUUAUAAAGCGGAGAUACAGUUUAUGUAAUGGGCCCCGUUUAUUAUGUACUUCUGACAACCUAGAUUUAAGAAAAAAAGCUGCUGAUGUCCCACCUUUUGCAGCCAACAGCUGAUUCUGUUGUCUCUCUUUAGCCAAUGGUGAGCAAAUAUUUCAGAAGAAAACUGGGUGAGUCAUCUUCUGCAGAUAAGCUGCAAUAUUAAUAGUUCUGUCUCCAUCAGGCUUCCCUGCAGCCAAAUAGGAAGAUUCCCAGAGAGCUGUACCCAGCGAAGCGAUUCACAGCCUUUAAGCGGUUUGGAUUGGAAAGCCUUUCAAACUGAUUAACAGUUAUAAACAGUGUACUCGACCGACCUUGCACUUUAAGGAAUUAUUUUUUCUUUUCUUUCUCAGUUCUUAGGUUUGAGCGAGGUUUUAGGAAUGGACUUAAAACCCGCCUGACCGUGGACCCCCAACCGGAGCCACUGCUGCGGUGAGUAGACUUGAUCCGACAAGAGUCCGGGUACGCUUUUUCACGUUUUACAGGGCCCUACAGAGGCGAUCCCCUGCUCCAUCUGUGCACUGCAUUUUGGGGGAGGUACAGCUCUGGGGUCUAGAGGGUCUGGGUCCCCAGAAUCAUCACGAGGCUCUGCAUAAAAAUCAAACACGCCUGCGCCACCAGGGAGCGCUGUGCUCGCCCCCCGCUUCCAGGGUCACUCGCUCAGUCCACGCUUGCGCCGCCUUAGGAGGAGCUGGGGCGGCAAGGCAGCUGAGAGGUCAAGGACACAGAGACAAAGCCUAGAAAAGAUAUCCAUAGGCGCGGCGGAGCAGAGACCAACGGAGAAAACCAAACGGAACUUCCGGUGGUCCGGGUGGGGCGGGACUUCCGUGGCGCCGGGCGUGGGGCGAGGCCGAGGCGGGAUUUCCGGAGGUGCCGGAAGUGGGGGUGCGCCGGAUUGGGGUCGCCGGGUCGCGUCCGAGCGGGGUCUGUCGGUGUCUUGCCCCUCUGCCGCUACAUCCGGAGUGCCGUGUCUUGGGCACCUACUGACUCAGUGCAACGUGCGCUGGCUUCGGUGAGUGUGGCAGCUGUUACAGCAUAUUGCAGAAGUGACCAGGACACUACCUUCUAGAAGUAAUGCCCACAGAAAGCGGAAGUUGUUCAACUGCUCGUCAAGCAAAACAAAAACGCAAAUCACAUAGCCUUUCUAUACGAAGAACUAACAGCUCAGAACAGGAGAGGACAGGCCUACCAAGAGAAAUGUUAGAAGGACAAGUAAUUGCAUCUUGUGGUAACCCUUUCAAGGAUUCUAAACUGCCUUCCUCAGUUCGUAGUACACUUCUGGAACUGUUUGGUCAAAUAGAAAGAGAAUUUGAAAAUCUUUAUAUUGAAAACUUAGAAUUGCGUAGAGAAAUUGAUACUCUUAAUGAACGCUUAGCUGCUGAAGGACAAGCGAUUGAUGGGGCAGAACUGAGUAAGGGCCAACUCAAGACAAAAGCUAGUCACAGUACCAGUCAGCUUUCCCAGAAACUAAAGACCACUUACAAGGCUUCCACCAGCAAGAUUGUGUCUAGCUUUAAGACCACCACAUCGCGGGCUGUCUGCCAGCUUGUGAAGGAGUACAUUGGCCACAGAGAUGGCAUCUGGGAUGUCAGUGUUACAAGGACACAGCCUGUGGUGCUUGGGACCGCGUCUGCUGAUCACACAGCUUUGCUGUGGAGCAUAGAGACAGGGAAGUGUCUUGUCAAAUAUUCAGGCCACGUGGGUUCAGUAAAUUCUAUAAAAUUUCAUCCCUCAGAGCAGUUGGCUCUUACUGCCUCUGGCGAUCAGACUGCUCAUAUUUGGAGAUAUGUGGUACAGCUGCCGACACCCCAGCCUGUUGCCGACACUAGUCAGCAAAUAUCUGGAGAAGAUGAAAUAGAAUGCUCAGAUAAAGAUGAGCCUGAUAUCGAUGGAGAUGUGUCCAGUGACUGCCCUACCAUUCGGGUUCCAUUGACCUCUCUCAAAAGCCACCAGGGAGUGGUCAUAGCUGCUGACUGGCUCGUUGGAGGGAAGCAGGCAGUGACAGCCUCAUGGGACAGAACGGCGAACCUGUAUGAUGUCGAGACUUCCGAACUUGUUCAUUCUCUCACAGGGCAUGAUCAGGAGUUAACGCACUGUUGUACACACCCCACCCAGCGGCUUGUGGUGACCUCCUCUCGUGACACGACUUUCCGUCUCUGGGAUUUCAGGGACCCUUCCAUUCACUCUGUAAACGUGUUCCAAGGACACACAGACACUGUGACCUCAGCCGUGUUCACCGUGGGAGACAAUGUUGUUUCAGGCAGUGAUGACCGCACAGUAAAAGUCUGGGAUUUAAAAAAUAUGAGAUCUCCAAUUGCAACCAUUCGCACAGACUCUGCUAUUAACAGGAUCAAUGUGUGUGUUGGCCAAAAAAUCAUAGCCCUUCCCCAUGACAACCGACAAGUGCGAUUGUUUGAUAUGUCAGGAGUACGACUAGCACGGCUUCCCCGGAGCAGUCGACAGGGCCACAGAAGAAUGGUGUGCUGCUCAGCGUGGAGUGAAGAUCACCCCAUAUGCAACCUGUUCACCUGUGGGUUUGAUAGGCAAGCCAUUGGUUGGAACAUCAACAUUCCUGCAUUGUUACAAGAGAAAUAAGGUUGCCAUUGUUCCUUAAUUUUGUAGUUUGCCAUGGACUUUUGAUUCAUGCAGGCUUUUCUGCAUAUUAAUCAGCCAUUUUUGUGAGAGUUUGACCCUGGGAAGGGUGCUUUAUAUAUGUUAUUUUCACAUUGUGCCCAGCUUGCAUGAAAUGUACAGAAAAAUGUGUGAUCAUAUUUUUUAUUUUUGUCUCAUGUAUAUAUAUUGGCAUCCUCUGGUCAGUAGAAGUGAAGCUCACCUCCCAUGUAGCACAUACAGUGCUUGUAAGUUGUUGACAUUUGAGAGAAAAACAGUAGGGCAUUACAUUUGUGUGAAUUAAAUGUGAACCUGUGUACUUAUUGUGAGGCAUAAACGGUCUGUUGCAUUUUCUGGAAUAAUUAUACACACCUACCUUGUACUGGGAAGAUUGCAGAACUGCAUUUGCGUUAGCUAGUGAGUGGCAGGAAUCAUCAAAGAUUUCACGUUUACUUCUGUAUGACAUUUUAGCAUGUGCUGUUGUAUAAUUCAGUUUUAACUUUUUAAUUUCUGUUGUAGUUCUGUAAAAAUAACCUGGAUUUGCAACAUUCAGUUUGUUUCGAAAAUGUUUCUCCUGUUUUUAUAGAAAAUCAUUUCAAUCUCCUGAGGUCUCAUACUAUCAAAUUCUACAAUAUAAUGAUUCUAAUCACCGGUUUUAGAUACAAAGCAAAAUUUAAAGCACUUUAGUUUAUAGCUGUGGUUAUAAACAGUUUUUAGAAGUUUCAAAUGAUAUCCAUUGAAUGUGACUUGACCUUUAUAAGAAGGCCCUGCUACCUGAAUGCAAAUUCUUAUUUAUUUUUUACAUCUUUGGUUUGCAUAUUUCUAAAUGGGUUCACUUCCUUGGUGGUAUUUGAGAGCCAACAAUGCAAAUAAAUGAGUACUACCUCAAAAAUAAAUAUUUGGAAAACCUUGGAGUCUCACUGUUACAUAGCUAAAGCACUUUUGAUUUAUAGCUGGAAUACUGAAUUCAAUUUAGAAGGCAAGAAAGACAAUCAUACCAAAUGUACCCUGAAGGUAAAAGGUUCUUCAAUUAGGCUAAUAAGAUGAUUACCAUAACAUCUAGUUCACAGUUAACAAGAUACUUUUGUCUUGAGUAGCUGGGAUACCUCUCAGUGCCAAUCCUCCUAUUGUGCAAGUGAGCCUGUUAUUCUUGUCUUCUUAGAAAUUACCAUUCAUCUGAUACUUGUAAGUUAAUGUUUCUUGUUGAGUUACAGUUUUAGUAAAGAGACAUCUCACUUGCUGCCCCUCAUAUUUGUAUUGUAACCCUUUAUAUAUGGCCACUUGGAGGCUGGUCACGUGAAGAGGCACAGGAAGGAGGGUAAUAUUUAAAACUAUCCAGGUGGCACACUCCCUACCCCUCCCACUUCUUGUGCUUGCCGUUGUUUGCUGGUGACCUAGAGGGCGACACAGUUGGUAACUGGUUGGUAGCCACCAGAUAAGGUGUAGUACUGUAGUACAUAGGACAUUUGAGUGUUCUUUGAUGGAACAAGGACAAGAGUGAGAAAUGCUUCAUUAUUGGCAUAUUUUGUAAGGGUCCCACAGGAAUUGAUCUUAAGAACUUCAAAUAUGAAUCAUUCAGAAUGAUUCUGAAAUGACUGGUGUAGGCAGGAAGGAGGGUCCCAGGAAUAACCAAUAAUGAUGUAGUAUAGAAUUGAGGUUGCUAACCAAGGGACAAACCAUGAAUGUUUUAGAGUAAUUGUAUUUUGUAAAUUCAAAAAUUUAUUGUUUUUAAAGUCCAGCAUUUUCUGAUCAUUAGUUCUGACCACAGUGUUUUUUGAAUACUGAAGUCAAUCUAGUCACUGUGGUUGAUUAGAAUUUCAAGUCUCAGCUCCUGCUAUCCUGAGUGUAUUUUGCUUGUACUGUAUCAAGGUCUGUGCUGUGUCCUAAUUUUACCUUAAAGUGAGGGAUGACUGCCACGUCCCCUUUCACUUCACUGCAUAUGCAAAGGCAGGAACAUAGAUGACUUCUAAUGAUGAGCUGCACAAGCUGUGUUCUUGGGUUCCUUAUAUUUUAAUUUGGAAGUGUAGAUGUCUUAGGAUGACAGGAACGUUGAAGAAUAUAUACAGAUAGCUAAAUCAAAAAUGGCUAAUUUCUGCCAGAUGAAAAUAUUUGGAAGCUUUUUAAAGUACGUGUUUAUGAUAGCCAUUUAGUUCUUUGCAGAGUAGUGACCUUCACUGCCAAUAGCUGCUCAUCUUCUCUUGCUAAUUGGAGGGACCAGCCUGUGAUACCAGAAUUGAGGCUCUGCAUUCAUUUCUAUGAGUGUGGAAGACCCUAACGGUGCUUAAGCAGAGUUCUCAGGAGCAGGAUGUGACUUGCUGUUAACUACUGUGUCAUCUUGGGGCUGGGGAUUUAGCUCAGCGGCAAAAGCGCCUGCCUGGCAAGCGCAAGGUCGUGAGUUUGGUUCCCGGUACCGGAGAAAAACAAAAACAAAACAAAACAAAAAAACUACUGUGUCAUCUUCUAACGUGAUUUUAUCUCACUGCUGCUGUGGCCCUAGGUAUUAUUGUUUUCAAGGGAUUAGGAACAGUGCAUGCAUGCUAAUGCAUGCGUGUGUGCGAGUGUGUGUUUGUGUGCAUGUGGCUAAAAUUAAGUCAUGUUACCAGCCACAUGUGAUCUCAUCUGAAAUAGUGUUUGGAAGUAGGAACACUAUUAUGUGCUGACAUGUCCAGAAUUUCAUUUAAUGAAGGAAAAUGUGUGAAUUUAAAAAUGUAUGUUGAUACAAAACUUCAUAAGAGGAUUUGUUGUUAGACCAAACAGGACUUUUUCUCAAACACUGCACACCAGUUUCUGUAAAGUGUUCUGUACGUAUUUUUGAUCUGAAGACUAUGUAAAUCAUUUGUUAGUUAAAUCUGUGAAAACCAAUUUGGAGGAAAAAGUACGCAUUUAUAAGUGUCCUGUGGAAUCAGUUAUUUUUAUUGUAUUGAUAUAAUUGUUUUUAAGUGUUCAAUGUCUUCAUUGCAAUAUGAAAUUCAUUAAAACAUCCAUGUUCCAUAAUUACUAUUAUAAAA